AUGAGUGGGUCUCGUGCGAAGCCGCCGCGGGCCUUCUUUCGCGCGGAUGACCUCCGUCGCUCGCUCGCUGUCGCCCUCGACGAUGACGGCGAGGCGCUCGUCGUGGGGGUUGACGAGGCAGGACGAGGACCCGUUUUCGGCCCAAUGGUAUAUGCCGGCGCCGUUAUUGACCUUGCUGACCACGACCGUCUGGUCGAGGAGUGCGGCGUCGCCGACAGCAAGGUGCUCACGGCGGGGCAACGUCAGGAGGCCCUGCGAAGCCUCAAGCGGCUCAAAACGUUCCGCUCCUUUGUCGUCGUGCUCACCGCCGAGGAGAUCUCAGCUGCGAUGACGGGCUGCGAUGGGCGCAAUCUCAACACCCUUAGCCAUGACGCCGCAAUCACAAUCAUCUCCAGGGCGACUCUGGCGGGGGUAGGAAAGCUGUGUGCAGCCUACGUGGAUACCGUAGGACCGCCUGAGAGCUACCAAAGCCGACUUUCCGGCCGUUUCCCGCAUCUUGAUAUCACCGUUUCGGCGAAAGCGGAUAGUAAGUACCCUAUUGUCUCUGCAGCCUCCAUCAUCGCCAAGACAACGCGUGAUGAGGCCAUUGAGAGGCUAGGGCUCGACAUCGGGAGCGGCUACCCCAGUGAUCCACGCGCCGCCAGGUGGCUGCGCUUGCAUGUGCAUCGCUUUUUCAUCGUACCGAGGUGGUACAACUUCGUGAGGUACUCUUGGGGGCCGGUUGCGCAGCUCGGCAAGAACCCCGGGGUAUGCAUACAAGCAACGUUUAAGCAAGAUGAACUCAAUGAGGAGAAGAAAAGACCGAAAUCGGAUCUCGACAAAGGUCAACCCAAAUUGGACUUCGCGAGAGUACCACCGAAGCGUGCAGCGAUUUUCACACAUAUGCUGAUGCUUGAGCCAAUCCAGAGCAUUGAUUUUUAG